AUGAUUGUAAUAGGUUCUUAUAAAUGUAUUCCUCAAAAAGUAAUGAUUUCUUACAGUGGUGUAAGAUUUGAUGUCCCUUUGGUAGAAGAUGAUACAAGUUUUGUAACUUUGGAUGUGAAAUACAGGCAUGUAAUUAAGCUUUUAAUUAAUUUUGAACAAACGAUGCCAGUACUAUUCCUUUAUAUGUCUCCAAGUACAGGAACCAAGAUACGUGAAUUAUUAGGAAUGCAAGAUCCAAAGGGACCAUAUUAUGAUCCUAUUGGCAAAGUUGAGAUACAUAGACAUAUUACAUUAUUACUAGAUAAAUUACCGAAAGAUUCAAAGGCGAUACUAACAAGUUUAUUCUUACAAGAAAAUAUUACUGAUGAUGACAUACAAACAAUAAUUACAUAUCCAUCAUUUCCUGUAGAAAGAGGAAUAACCAUUACCACUGCACAUUAUUUAUGUCUCGCAGAAGACCAAUACUUGAAUGAUACAGUUAUAGAAUUUUAUUUAAAGUAUUUAACCUUAGAGGUAUUGUCAGAAUUUGAUCAACGUAGGACUCAUGUGUUCAGUUCAUUUUUUUAUCAGCGUUUGAUUACACAUUUCGGAGAAACCCAAAAUACCAUACCAAUGACACUUGCCGCCGAGCGACACGCAAGAGUACAGAGAUGGACGAGAGAUGUUAAUAUAUUUGAAAAAGAUUUUGUUAUAAUUCCUAUAAACAAAGAUGAACACUGGUUCUUGGCUAUUAUUUGCUUUCCUGGAUUAGUUGGAAAAGUUUCCAAACGUAUUACAGAAAUUAACAAAAAUGAUAGUCUCGUUAGUUUUUCUAAUACGAGAGACUCUUCUAAGUCUGUACAAAAGAACAAAAAAAUAAAAACAUUAAAAAGAAAAGCUGUUGAACUUGAAGAGCAGAAAGAAAUCAAGAUUCCCUGCAUAUUAAUAUUCGAUUCGCUCGGUGAUACUAAUUACUCAUCGGUAAUUGCUACAUUAAGAGAUUAUUUAAGUUGCGAAUAUGUUGUCAAAUUUGGUGUAGAAGAGACAUUCUCGAAAGAUACUAUUAAAGGAGCGUAUCCGAAAGUACCCAAGCAAUCCAAUUGUACUGAUUGCGGAUUGUAUUUAUUACAAUAUGUGGAAAGUUUUUUCAAGGCAAGAAAUAAACCUAUUAAUUUGCCUACUAUAACAUUGCCGACACAAAAUGGCAAAUUGAAACGAGACGUAAAAAAUCAGAUGUAA